AUGUGGAUGAUUCCCAGCUCUGGAUCAUGGCCGUAUGGACCUUUCAGCACUCAUGGCCGGGACAUUGUCAACACGAAGGGCGAGGCAGUGACCUGGGCAGGCGUCAACUGGCCUGGAAGUGGUGAGACCAUGGUACCCGAGGGCCUUGAGUGGGCAUCAAUUGAGGACAUCAUGUCUCAAGUCAAGAGCGUGGGCUUCAACUUCAUUCGUCUGACGUACGCCAUUGAGAUGGUUGACCAAAUAUACGAGCGUAAUGGCUCAGAUGUUGGUCUGGAGAUUGCCAUGAUCAAAGGACUUGGCUAUGAGAAUGGCACCAAGGUGACCAACGAGAUCAUUGCUAAGAACCCCACCUUCAACAAGGACACCACGCGCUUCGAGAUCUGGGACCACAUCGCCCAAGUCGCCCUCUCCAAGAACAUCUACAUCCACCCCGACGUGCACGUCGGAAAAGCCCAAUGGUGCUGCAACAACACAGACGGCAACGCCUGGUUCGACGACUACAACUUCCCCGUCGCAAACUGGAAACGCGGUCUCCAAUACGUCGCCAACUGGGCCAAAAAGCACAACAAUGUAGUCUCCAUGUCCCUACGCAAUGAGCUUCGCAGAGCAAUCAAUGAAACCGCUCCCACCUCCACACUAGGUUAUAACUGGGUAACUCUGGUAGGAAACUACACAGCAGCCACCGAUGCCAUUCAUGCCACAAACCCGGAUCUUCUGGUCACUUGGUCAGGGAUGCAGUAUGAUCAAGAUCUCUCCGCCCUCAUCCAGGGUAAAAAUCUCAACACUGCACCCUGCUACAAAUGCGAUGCCAUCCGCGAUGGCCUACGCAGAGAGCCUAUCGUAUUUGAUCUAGCAAGCCACCCUUGGUCUGACAAAGUGGUUUAUGAAUUGCAUCUUUACGCAAUGUCUGAAGACCUCGAUACCGGAUCCUGUCCAAUCGUGUUUGCAGAGCUCUAUAAUGCUGGAUUCAAUGCCAUUGGUAUGGCGCCCCCUGCCGCAUGCAACAUUACUCAAAACUGUAUCCCUGCUGUCCGAAACACUCCCGUCAUCAUCUCGGAGUUCGGAGCUGCCCAAGACGUCACUCUGCUCAACAAUACUCUGAUGAACUGUCUGAAAGAUUUCACAGAGCAGAAUAAUGUUUCUUGGGCCAUGUGGAGUUUGGCGGGUAGUUAUAGGAUCAGAAGUGGUGGUCAGGGUGUCGGUGAUACCUGGGCUUUGGGAAAUUACAAUUGGACUGGUUGGAAUUAUCCCGAAGGUGUUGAGAAGUGGUGGAAGCCUUGGGUUAGCGAGAUGUUCAAUUAG